UUACAAGAUUAUAAUUAAAAAAAAAAUAAAUACUUAAAUAUAUAUUAUAUAACUUGUUAUAUGCAAAUGAAAACAAUAAUAAUAUUUCUAUAAAUAAAUUAGAAAAGAAAGAACUUCGCUCGUACAUGGCAAUGAACGUGAUUUCAAAAACGAUUUAAAGUUUAUAAAAAAUAAAAUAAGUUACAAAAAAAGAUUGAUAAAAUGAGGAAAUAUAAAAAAUGUUGUUCGUAUAGUAAAUUGAAUACCAGACGAAUGAAUCUACCUGGGAAUUCUCAGACAGUCCUCAGAAGUUCAAUAAAUUCACAGACUACUUCUAAAUACAAAAUUUAGAAAGUGGAAAACUAAAGUGUAUUAAUAAGAUGCCCGUCGUGCAAUAUGUUGCAAAAUGUUGCUUAAAUUUGACUUCAGUUGACCCGCAUCAGCAUUUAUCAAAAUUAAUAUUUAUUAUUUGCACGCCACUCUUUGGCUGGGGGAAUUGGGUUCCAUUAAAAUGCAUACGCAACAUCUAUGCAUAUUAUAUACACAAAUGGUAAUACAUAUAUAUUUGUAUCUGAUGUGGUCCGUUGAAGUGGAACUGGUUGGGAGCGGGUGUCGGAAUGGGGGAUAGGAGGGGCUAAGUGGUCGUGCUGAAUGCGAGAGCUGAAUGCAUAAAUAAUGCCGAUUUAGAUUAUUCUGAAACAGAAACAUCAUCGGCGUGCUGCGGUCUGCAUUCGGAUAUUCUCAUUCGGAUUUGGACAAAAGUGCCACAGAACGCUGAACUGUGCGGAGCUCAGACAACGAUGACGAGGCCAUAAUCAGGCGAAUUAAUAUGGAAAUUUAUGCAGAGCGAAAAACGAAACCGCAAAAGUAAACGCAGAACACCGCUCGCCGACCAAAACCCAGACCGAAACUCAAACGCAUGUGGGUUCUGUUAUCAGUCCGGGAAAACGUGGCUCACUUCCUGGCCAAAAGUACUGGGUGGUAUGCCGGGGGUGUUCCAGUUGUAAUGCACAUGAAAAAAUAAUGCGAUCCAUUGGAUUCUUCCAAGUAUUACUAACCAAAAAACACCUAUCCUAUGUCACAGGAAAUCCCUACUUUUUUCUCAGUGUCCUCCUGUCUGAGCCGCAAAAAAAGAAACAAUUGAAACACCAAUCUCAUUUAAUUCUGCGUCGGCUGGCAGGCCAAUUUCCUAUCCCACCCCAUGCUACCCCAUUCCGCCCAGCACCCAUUUCUCAGUGUCUUCCCUUGGUCUUUGCGUUGCUGUUGUUGCUGUUUUAUAGCGCAUUAAUUUCGAAAGUAGCGCUACGUGUGCCAAAAAUCAUUAGCAACGGAAUUACGCUCAAUGAAAUGCAGUCGGCGUCGACGGCAAACAAAAGCCAAUGCCAGCCGAAGGGGGAGAUAAUAAAGCGUGGCCAGGCCAGGCCAGGCCGGUCGGUCCUCUGUCGAUUUCGAUGUCGAUGUCGAUGCCGGAAGAAGGGAACACCCGAGGGGGUAAGACCCAUAUAGCCAUGGCAAUGGCAAAAUGUUACAGAACACAGGAGGGGAUAGGGUAGUACCUGGUUGGUAAACUUCGGGAAAACUGCUUAUAAAUUUACCCUAACGACAAGUUAAAUGCUGAAUACGAAAUGUUACAGGGAAGGGUUCCCAUUCCAAGACCCUCGCAGACAUGCGGCUACAACCCGAAGAAUUUGCCGCCAAGAUGAAGCCCAAAUGGUCUCUAAGUGGAAGUUUGAAAAAGUAUGUAAAUUGUUCUGGAAAAAAACUGUCUACUAUGAAAUCUUGCAUAUAAAUUAAAAUUUGUGCCAUUUCGUUUUAUAAAUAUUACAGUAUUUUGAUGGGGAUUUUUAUCAAAAACGCGUUUGAUUUAAUCAGUUGCUAAUUAGAUUCUGUUUUUUCGGGAUACUUCCACGAAACAGAAAAUGGGGAAAGCUGUUCAUUUAAAUAUGGUCAGAGUUAGUAGCUGGCAAUCUUAUCGGUGGGGAAUAAACCAUUAUCAGAUAAAUGGCGGAACUAAUUCGGUAAAUGAAAUUAUGCAAAUGCGUAGGCCAUCAGUUCGAUUGGAGCGUGACAGGUGCGAGUACGGAGUCAAAAUAAAUUAGCAUGUUUAAGUCCAAGUCCUUCGAUUUGGUAAACGAGGAGAAAACGAAAAAGCCAGAGCGGCUGUAUCAGCCGCGUCGGAUGCGCUGGCUAAAGUAUAUCAUACUGCCAGCUAUUUUCGCCUUCGCCGUCCUUCUCGUCCUGUGCAAUGUCGACUUUUCCAACUGUGCCGAAGAUAUCGGCUCCAAUGAAACAUCAAAACAAAAGUGGAUUACCUCGAAUAUUGAUGGGCCGCCAGUUUACAUCCAGGAAAAGGAUCAGGAUGGAGAACGGACCUCACUCUAUGUUUCAAACUACAAGUUUGAAAACGAAACGCUGGAUAGAAGCUUCCUUUCCGGCAGCUUCCGACUGAAGCAGUUGACCCUCGAGGAGUGCCGGCUGAGUCGCAUACAAAAUGGAGUAUUUCAACAAAAUAGUACCCACAAUUUGCUGGUCCUGAAACUUUUAAAUGUGCAAUUGGAGAGCCUAUCGCAUUUAUCCCUAAAAGGACUCCAAAGUCUUGAGGACUUUACCCUUACCAACGAGUAUGACUCAUUCCGAGCCCGUCGAUUUCUCUCACCUGUUUCAAGCACUCUCGUCAAUGCCAGUAUCCACCAACAGUUCGGUGAAACAACCUACUCAGUAAGUGACUUUUUGGGAAACAAAAUAUACACUUCCCUUAAGUUAUUGGAUCUGAGUGGAACCAAUUUGGGCGGAGAAAUAAACGACGAUUCGUUCGAGAACCUGGUUGCUCUGGAGCGUCUGAUUCUUAAGAAUUGUGGUCUGACCCAGGUGGAUGCAUUUCCCAGCCGUUUUCAUUCCGUUCAAUAUUUAGACUUGAGUGGAAAUAUGUUCAAGGAUCCGGGUGUGCGGAUUGAAAGAAUGAUUUUAGAGAUUGACGAAGAAGAAGAAUUGGAAGGACGAAUCAUUACUAUUCAAAAUGCAACUGAAAGAAAGAACACCUUGAAAAGAGUUUUAAGGAAUUACGCUCCAACUGUGGCGGGAAUUCCAAGCACUACUUCAACACCCAAUACCACACUCGAACCAACAACAGAACCUUUUUUUUCAACAGAACCUACCACAGAUUUUGAAUUAUCGAGAUGCAAACAGGAGCUUUGUCAAGAAAUUAUGUACAACAAUGCAGAUGGUGAGGCCAAAAUACUACCCAUAAAUUAUGACGCGAUCAUCAACUUUACGGACUAUGCUGUCAAUGCGGUAAAAGUGGAUAUCUCACAGGUGGCAUGUUCGAAGUGGUCACUCAUCUACUUCGACUCCAAUUUGACGAUUGUAUACAUAGCACAAACAGAAUUUAGUUAUCUGAGGGGUACCUACACUAUAAAACUCACAGAUGUGAGUUGCCAAAUCCCCUAUACUUACUGCCUUUUGCCGGAUGAUACGGAAACCUCUCCCUUAAACUGUCGGUCGCACAAGAUCUCAAUGGGAUGUGAGCAUAAAAAUGUGUCCUGGAUUAAUAAUCACAUUGGACUGAUGAUCGGAUUGGGUCUGGUGGCUGUUAUAGUCGGGUGUCUCCUUGGAAUGCUGAUCAUGUAUGCAACACUUCACCAGAAACCCUCAUUGCUGCGAGGCAGCAAGCACCUAAUUCACGCUAACCAAGACUCCAAAUCCAUGUAUCUCAUACCGACAAAAGGAAAGGACGAUCCAUACAGCCACGUGGGGAGUCGCCUCUCGAUUGUAGACAACCACGAGUAUAUUGCCGCCUAUCACCGAUAUCUGGAGCAAGCAAAUAUCCGGCAAACAGAAUCCAAUAGAUACACCCGUCCGCCUCGGGAAAGGGCUCCAUCCGUACCGCUCUGCGCUGAAACUCCUCCCGCCCUUCCGGCUAGGAUCACCUACGAAUACGAGAGCUUGGAGCUGUACGAGGAACUCCACUAAAGCGAUUAGUUAAGUACUAAACGAGUACAUUCUGUACUCCACCAAAUGAGUACAAAACCCACUUAUUAUCUUGACUGUUAUCCAGUUUGUUAUCUAAAAGGCCCAUUAAAUAGCCAUUUUGUAACCAAAAUUUUGCACAGUUCUUGCUCUAACUUUGUUUCAUAUUUAUUAUUCUAUUAAAGAAGCACUUCGAUCCAAAGAUGAUGCGUUCGUUUAAAUUUUAAAGUAUUCCGGUAUAGAAGCAG